AUGCCAAGGAAAACUUUCAGCUGCAAAUCAUCAUUAUUUCUUAUUACGUUGGCGGUUGGUUCAUUUUUCGCAACAUAUAACUUAGUAACAAAGGCAGUUCACUAUAGAGAAGUGAAAUAUGGAGGGUAUUCUAGUGAUACUAUUGUUGGGAUGACUGAUAAUAUGAAAAGGCUAAGGAGUACUAAGGCGUUAUUCCAUGUUGCGUUAACAGCGACAGAUUCUACUUAUAGCAAAUGGCAGUGUCGUAUUAUGUAUUAUUGGUAUAAGAAAACGAAAGCUAUGCCUGGAUCAGAGAUGGGAAAGUUCACCAGGAUUUUGCAUUCGGGGCAAUCAGAUAAUCUGAUGGAUGAGAUACCAACUUUUGUGGUUGACCCCCUUCCACCAGGUUUAGAUCGAGGGUACAUAGUUUUAAAUCGACCUUGGGCCUUUGUCCAAUGGCUGCAGAGGGCUACUAUCGAAGAGGAAUACAUAUUGAUGGCUGAGCCUGACCACAUAUUUGUUAAUCCACUACCUAAUUUGGCUCGUGGAGAUUUUCCUGCCGCGUACCCCUUUUUUUACAUCAGGCCUCAACAAAAUGAAAACAUAAUCAGGAAAUAUUAUCCGAAGGAAUAUGGGCCAGUAACUAAUAUUGACCCAAUUGGUAAUUCUCCGGUUAUCAUACGAAAGGAUAUACUUGAAAAGAUUGCCCCCACAUGGACGAAUGUUUCUUUAAGAAUGAAGGCUGAUCCCGAGACUGAUAAAACCUUAGGAUGGGUAUUGGAAAUGUAUGCAUAUGCUGUUGCUUCUGGUUUGCAUGGUGUCCAACACAUUCUUCAGAAAGAUUUUAUGCUCCAGCCGCCAAGAGACUGGGAAACUGGGAAAAGGUUUAUCAUUCAUUAUACUUACGGAUGUGACUACAAUAAGAAGGGUGAGCUAACAUAUGGGAAGAUUGGCGAAUGGCGAUUUGACAAGAGAUUACAUCUACAGAGACCUCCACCAAGAAAUCUGUCUCUGCCUCCACCUGGGGUUCCUGAAAGUGUGGUGACUCUUGUAAAGAUGGUCAAUGAAGCUACUGCUAACAUUCCAAAUUGGGAUACCGACUAAUAAAACAACGAAAACAAAAAGCUCGCCUAUAGAGUGACAUAUACAAAAAAAUUAAAAAUAAAAAAAAAUCCGUGAAUGAAAAUACUUUAUAAAGUGAAUGAAACAACUUAUGUCAAACUUUAAUUCAAGGAACUAACACAAAAACAAGCAGAUAACUUCUGUUGGUGGUGAAUCUUAUGUCAAACU